CAGCCAAAAUCCGUGUAAUGUCUUAAAAAAUUUCACCCACCAACUCGUUUUGUUUAACCCUUCACGGCAAACUGUUGCUUUCAAAUUACAUUUGAAUCAAGUUAGAACGGAGCAUAAAUGCGGAGGUCUGAGCUUUAGCUUUAACUCAGACAAAAAGGAGUCGUAUUAUUAUUAUCAAACUCGCUUUGAACCUUUGAGUAGUAGAUAUAUAAUAAACGUAUGAAAUAAUAAGAGUUCGCCCUAGAAGAAACCUCCCAGGCCCGGUUCCCGAUGUGCGCCGUUUGGAUGGAUCUGCUCCACUCCACCGUUGUUUAGCUUUCCCUCUUUGAAGAAGCUCCAUCCUUCAUGUUUCUGAUGGUAACUGUUUCUCUCCCGCUGCGCUUCAGGCCUCCUCCCGAUCCACCACCAUGUAAGUUUCUCCCGCUUGGAUCUCUCUCUCCCAUCGAACCACCGGAACCACCAGACCCUCCCGAUGCAACUUCUCCUUUUCGUUUCCUCAUCACCUUCUCCAGCCUAUCUCUUCAAGCGGUGGCCCAAACCCUAGAUCUGGAUUUUCCAUUGUUAGCUUAUCCUUCUCUAUGGGAUUAUUUCCAUCCAACUAUGAUAGUUGAAUCCAUCAUUUACUCUGCUAUAGAGUGUCCUUUGCAUGUUACUGUUUUCUACUCUGUUAUAGAGUGUUCAUUGCCUGUUACUACCUUCUACUCUGCUAUAGAGUGUUCACUGCCUAUUAUUUCCUGGUUUCAGAUCUUUCUAACUCUCUCUAGAAUGGAAUACUUAAUGUUGAAUUACAGAUUUUCACCAUGGUUGUGGUUUCAGAUCUUAAUUGUCACCACUCUUUUGGAACCAAUUUCAACUUCCCUAUUACCAUGGUUUUUGUACCCUUGCUGCUCAUGUGUUGCAAGGUUGACCUUUGGAUUGGAAGAUUGCUCUACAGAUGAUUUGUUCUCUGUACUGUUUAAAGGCCCAGCAUCUUGGUGUCUCAUCACCUCUGCUAUUGUAGCCAAUGUUAAAAUUGUUGUUUCUGCACUAGUUGCAGUACCAAUCACAAGCAUUAGAUCACUGAUUGUGUUCUUUGUUUCUCAUGGCGUCAUUCCACUGCUUAAGCCUAGUGUUGUCGAGAUACGAGGACGUCUCUCCAAUGUUAGUUGUUUAUGUAUAAUGAUUGCUUCUAUCUUUCUGUUUUUGCUUGCCUUUUGUUGCAGCAAAGUUGUUAGCCGUUAUGGUUUUGUUAUCAUCUUUGUAAACAUUGUCUCCUCUAAUGGAGAUUAGUUAUCUAUAAAAUCUUGUUUGAUCAAAC